AUCCAAUGGUAGUAAAAGUGGGGAUUUCACUCUCUCUACUCGCUGUUUAAGGUAGCUUCGCCUCACUUACGGUUUUCAAAACGUCUCGACGGUAAGUCUUGGUGAACUUUAUAGACAAAACUUGUGGAAAAAAGAAUCGAAAUUGUGUUUUAAAAUUGUCUUGUGCUAUAGUAUUUUUAAGAUGGAGGUUGAAUUCUCGAAUCUGGGGAAUUCCUUAAAAAAUUUAAGCUGCGACUACACGUACGUGCCAUCUGCAGUAGAACAAAUAGAAAGUUUCAGUUCAUUUGGUAUAGGUUUAUUAAGCUUUGGCGCCAUACUCUCCACCUUGACGUUGUAUUUCGCUCUGGAUGCUUGCUACAAUAUUUUCCAUCAAAAGGAAACACAGUCCUACAAGAAUAACAGUAUCAUGCUACUUUUGUUGUAUCCUCUAGCGAGUAUCUGUACUCUUACAGCCCUUGGAAUACCAAGGACCCAAUUGCUAUCGGAAGCUGUGAUCCAAAUAUUUCUGGCGAUAGCCUUGUUUCGACUGUAUCUGCUGUUGGUCUACGUGGGUUUCAAAAAGGUCACGAAGGCGCCGCCAUUAAUGCUGCGAGCGAUGCCCUGUUGCUGUUGGCCUUGUCUACCCUUUCCAAGUCUUGAAAUGACCGAUUCCAAUUUGUCCUGGCUUCGACUGUUAGUCCUGCAACUUCCUAUUAUCCAGACUAUAAUUUACAGCACGUUUUUGUUCAUGUCGUUCGAGGAGCCUCGUCUCUCGGAUCAAUACGCGAUUUUUUUCCAACCGCUUUCGUUGGCCAGCGUGAUACUCGGAGUGUACGUGACCGUUACUACGAAGAGUCUGCAAGAAGUCGCUCCAGAGGCGAAACUUCCACGCAAGACCAUAGUGACCCAGAUAGUGCUGCUGUUUUCGAAGCUGCAGGCGUUCGUUGUGAAGGGUUUGGUGCAAACGGGCCUAUUUCCCUGCAAUCCACCGAUUACACCGCAAAUUUACGCCAAUGUUACCCACAAUGCCCUGAUGCUAAUCGAGAUGCUGUUGCUCUGCUACACGGCGAGGUACGUUUAUUACGUCGACCUGGAAAGGGAGGAAGAGACUGGCGCGGUCGAGGCGACAGAUCGGUCCAAAGACAAGAGCACGGAACAAGCGAACUCGACGAAUAACAACGAGGCCAACAGGCAGCUAUCAACCUUGACUACGUGAGAUUUCCACUCCUUGUCUCGACGAUUUUCGACUAUCGUUUCU